AUGAGUGGGAUUGGUGAAACUUCCUCUGACCCCACCUGCACAGAGUCAAGAAAGCACAAGGAAUGUCCUGAUCAACUUGGACCCAGUCCUAAAAGAAACACUGAAAAACGUAAUCGUGAACAAGAGAAUAAAUACAUAGAAGAGCUUGCAGAGCUGAUUUUUGCUAAUUUUAAUGAUAUUGACAACUUCAACUUCAAACCUGACAAAUGUGCAAUCUUGAAAGAAACUGUGAAGCAGAUUCGUCAAAUAAAAGAACAAGAAAAAGCAGCAGCAGCCAAUGAAGAUGAAGUGCAGAAAGCUGAUGUGUCAUCUACAGGACAGAGUGUCAUUGACAAGGAUGCUCUUGGACCAAUGAUGCUUGAGGCCCUUGAUGGUUUCUUCUUUGUAGUGAAUCUGGAAGGUAAUGUGGUGUUUGUAUCGGAGAAUGUGACACAGUACUUAAGGUACAACCAAGAAGAGCUGAUGAACACAAGUGUAUAUAGCAUCCUGCAUGUAGGGGACCACAAUGAAUUUGUCAGAAACCUUCUGCCAAAAUCUUUAGUGAAUGGGGGACCUUGGUCUGGUGAAGCUCCUAGGCGCAACAGCCAUACUUUUAAUUGUCGAAUGUUGGUAAAACCUGUGACUGAUUCUGAAGAAGAAGGUCAUGAUAACCAGGAAGCACAUCAGAAGUAUGAAACUAUGCAGUGCUUUGCUGUUUCUCAACCAAAGUCCAUCAAGGAAGAUGGUGAAGAUCUGCAAUCUUGCUUGAUUUGUGUGGCAAGAAGAGUUCCAAUGAAGGAAAGGCCAUUACUGCCGUCAUCAGAGACAUUUAGCACUCGUCAGGAUUUGCAAGGCAAGAUAACUUCACUGGACACUAGUACCAUGCGAGCAGCUAUGAAACCUGGCUGGGAGGAUGUAGUGAGAAGAUGCAUUCAGAGAUUCUAUGCACAGCAUGAAGGAGAUACGUCUUAUGCCAAGAGGCAUCAUCAAGAGGUGCUUAGACAGGGACUGGCAUUCAGUCCUGUCUAUCGAUUUUCUUUAUCUGAUGGCACUAUAGUUGCUGCCCAAACGAAGAGCAAACUCAUCCGUUCUCAGACUACUAGUGAACCUCAGCUUGUAAUAUCUUUGCAUAUGCUUCACAGAGAACAGAAUGUCUGUGGAAUGAACCAGGAUUUAACUGGACAAGCAAUGGGAAAGCCACUGAACCCAAUUAGCUCCAGCAGCCCUGCCCAUCAGACCAUGUGCAGUGGUAAUCCAGGUCAGGAUAUGACCAUUAGUAGCAAUAUGAAUUUUGCCAUAAAUGGCCCAAAGGAACAAAUGGCCAUGCCAGCGAGCAGGUUUGGUGGUUCAGGCGGGAUGAACCAUGUGUCAAGUAUACAAGCAUCCACUCCUCAGGGUAGUAACUAUGCACUAAAAAUGAAUAGUCCCUCUCAAAACAGCCCUGGCAUGACACCAGGUCAGCCAAACUCUAUGCUUUCCCCAAGGCAUCGUGUGAGUCCUGGAGUGGCAAGCAGUCCUCGGAUCCCACCCAGUCAGUUCUCCCCUGCAGGAAGCUUGCAUUCACCUGUUGGAGUCUGCAGCAGCACAGGAAAUAGCCAUAGUUAUACCAACAGUUCCCUCAAUGCACUUCAGGCUCUCAGUGAGGGGCAUGGAGUUGUUCUAGGUUCAUCAUUGGCUUCACCUGAUGUGAAAAUGGGAAAUUUACAGAAUUCCCCGGUAAGCAUGAAUCCUCCCCAACUGAGCAAAUUGGGAAGCCUGGACUCUAAAGAUGGCUUUGGACUUCACGGGGAGCAGUCGGAAGGUACAACUGGACAAACAGAGAGCAUCUGCCAUUCAGGAGAACAGAAGGACAAUAAUGACAGCAUACCCCAAGUUGUCAGUGGUGAGAGGCCUGAUGGGCAGAACAGACUGCAUGAUGGCAAAAGCCAGACAAAGCUCUUACAGUUGCUGACCACCAAAUCAGAUCAAAUGGAGCCUUCGGCUAUUUCUAAUACAAUGGGAGAUGUUAACAAGGACUCCGUGGGAGGCUUAUCUGGGUCUGGUUCAGCACAUGGAACCUCGCUCAAGGAGAAGCAUAAAAUUUUGCACAGGCUCUUACAGGACAGUAGUUCUCCUGUAGACUUGGCCAAGCUCACAGCAGAGGCCACGGGCAAAGAGCUGAGCCAGGAGACUAAUAGCACAGCUCCUGGUUCAGAGGUGACUGUUAAACAGGAACCAGUGAGUCCCAAGAAGAAAGAAAAUGCACUACUUCGCUACUUGCUAGAUAAAGAUGAUACUAAAGACAUAGGUUUGGCAGACAUUACUCCCAAACUGGAGCGGUCGGACAGUAAGACAGACCCUUCCAGUAGCACAAAGCAAGUAGCUAUGAAGACAGAGAAAGAAGAGAUGCGCUUUGAGCCGAAUGAACAGCCUGGCAGUGAACUAGACAACUUGGAAGAAAUUCUGGAUGAUCUGCAGAAUAGCCAGUUGUCACAACAUUUCCCAGGUGCUUCAACAGGAUCAGUUGACAAACAAGCCAUCAUCAAUGACCUCAUGCAAAUCACAGGUGAAAACAGACCUGGUACACCUGUUGGAGCCCAGAAACCCACAAUGAGGAUCUCACAGAGCACUUUUACUAAUGCAAGGCAAGCGCAGUUGGGAAGGAUGUUACCUAACCAGAAUUUGCAGCUUGAUAUCACAUUACAAAGCCCAUCAGGUGCUGGAACUUUUACACCCAUAAGAAACAACAGUCCUUAUUCAGUGAUACCUCAGCCUGGAAUGAUGGGCAGUCAAGGCAUGAUGGGAAAUCAAGGAAACCUAGGGAACAAUAGCCCAGGGAUGAUUGGUAAUAAUCCUCCUCGGCCUACUAUGCCAUCAGGAGACUGGGGAACCCAAGCUGCUGCUGUGAGGGUGACCUGCGCUGCAACAACAAGUGCCAUGAACAGGCCAAUCCAAGGAGGCAUGAUACGUAACCCAACAUCUAACCUUCCUUUGAGACCUAGUGGUCAGCCUGGUCCAAGGCAGAUGCUUCAGUCUCAGGUUAUGAAUAUGGGAGCUUCUGAACUAGAGAUGACCAUGGGAGCUCCCCAAUAUAACCAGCCACAGGCUCCUCCCAAUCAGACUGCUCCAUGGCCAGACAGCAUAUUGCCCAUUGAUCAGUCAUCUUUUAGUAAUCAGAACCGGCAACCUUUCGGGAGCUCACCAGAUGAUCUUCUGUGUCAGCAUCCUGCAUCAGAGUCUCCAAGUGAUGAAGGAGCCCUCCUCGACCAGCUUUAUAUGGCACUACGAAAUUUUGAUGGUCUUGAAGAAAUUGACAGAGCUCUUGGGAUACCAGAAUUAGUUAGCCAGCAAAGUCAAACAGUCGAUCCAGAACCAUUCUCAAGUCAGGAAUCAAGCAUCAUCUUGGAGCAAAAGGCACCUGUUUUCACACAGCAGUAUGCAUCUCAAGCCCAAAUGGCACAAGGCAACUACCCACCGAUGCAGGAUCCAAACUUCCACCCAAUGGCACAGCGACCAGGUUAUGCAGCACUGCGUAUGCAACCAAGACCUAGUCUGAGACCUGCAGGUAUCGUGCAAAACCAACCAAAUCAGCUGAGGCUACAAUUGCAGCAUAGACUUCAAGCGCAACAGAAUCGCCAGCCAUUGAUAAAUCAGAUUAGCAAUGUUUCUAAUAUGAAUCUGUCCCUGAGACCUGGCGUACCUACACAGGUGAGGGAACAGGGACCUAUCAAUUCCCAGAUGUUAGCUCAGAGGCAGCGGGAGAUACUGAGCCAGCACCUGAGGCAUAGACAGAUGCAGCAGCAAGUACAACAGCGAACUCUGAUGAUGCGUGGACAGAGUAUGAAUAUGACACCAAGUAUGGUGGCCUCUGGUGGCAUACCAGCAACAAUGAGCAAUCCACGGAUUCCCCAGGCAAACACCCAACAGUUUCCAUUUCCUCCAAACUACGGAAUAAAUCAGCAGCCAGAUCCAGGCUUUACUGGAGCUACAACUCCACAGAGUCCCCUGAUGUCACCAAGAAUGGCUCACACUCAAAGUCCAAUGAUACAACAGUCUCAGGCCAAUCCUGCCUACCAGUCCUCUACAGAGUUGAAUGGAUGGGCACAAGGGAAUAUGGGUGGAAACAGCAUGUUUUCACAACAGUCUCCACCACACUUUGGCCAGCAAGCAAACACCAGCAUGUACAAUAACAACAUGAACAUCAAUGUAUCCAUGGUGACCAACACAAGCGGCAUGAACAACAUGAACCAGAUGACAGGGCAGAUCAGCAUGACCUCAGCAGCCUCUGUGCCUACAUCAGGGUUGUCCUCCAUGGGUCCUGAGCAGGUUAAUGAUCCUGCCAUGAGAGGAGGCAAUCUUUUUCCAAACCAGCUACCUGGAAUGGAUAUGAUCAAGCAGGAGGGAGAUGCAUCACGGAAAUAUUGCUGACCUUGAAGUUUGCUGAUAUCUUCAACUGACUGGACUUCCCAGCCUGUAUUACUUACUGGUUUGAGGAGCUGCAUAUGUUUGGUUUUGCCCCAACUGUUCUGCUAGUCAGCUCUACUGGAGAAAGUAGAAUUUAGUGCUGCAAGCAGAACACCACUCUGAGUGGAAUCAAAACCGUUGUCGGUGGACGAGCAGCCUCUUCUUUGACAGUCUGAAGCUAGCGUACAGACGGUUACUCAGUCUGUUCACUGCAUUCACCUUAGUGCAACUUAGAUCUCUCCUGCAAAGUAAAUGUUGAUAGCCAGUUUUCAUAAACCAUGUCAGAUUGAAUGUAUUUAAAUGUAUGUAUUUAAGGAAAACCAACCAUGCUCUCAUUCUGUUUUGUUUUUAGUUUUAGAUCUUGAUAUCUUUCUUUGUUUUCCUUAGCUACACAGUCUGGUGCAAAGGAUUAAGCUCCAUCUAGAAAUCAGUGGUUUUAAAUUACAGUGUUCACUUUGGGAGAUACAGAGUAGACUGGAUGAUGACUGCCAGAAUAGUGGAUAACAAAAAAGAGAAUGGACAUUUAACUAAUUGGUAUGGGGAAAAAUAUGUAGUAGCUAGACAUACCAUGCUAGAAAACAAAACUGGUCAAUUUUUCAUAGGUUCAUGUUAGUAUUCAAGCUACACUACCCUAUGAGAGGGCUAUUCAUAAAGGUUUUUGUUGUUGUUUUGAAUAAAAUCAUGAGUCCUAUACAGUUUUAGUUCCCAUUUUAAUUGAAGUCAGCAUCCCGAAGAGUUAUCUAAAAUUAGCUCCCCCUGCUUUCAUUUGCCCUUUUUCUGAUUCUUUUUUUAUAGGGUGGAGAAAUGAGUAAUCCCAAUCAGAUCCCUAGAUCAGUUACCUGAGCAAUAGGUUGCAGGUAACUAGUUGCUGAAUCAUGAAUAUUCAGCCUCUAAAUAAGGUGCAUCUAUUGGUGAUGGAAGUGGCAGAAUUGAAACACAAUAUCAGACCUAAAGGCAUCUGAUUUAUAUGAAAAAAAUUCCAUGGUUCCCAUCUCCACAAAUGGGGAAAACAAUGACUUGAGCUGUGGUAGAUAUCACUACAGAGUUAAGCAUCAUGUGUUAUAAUUAUUUUGAAGCAGUGUGGACUACAAGAAAGUUUUGUAAGGUACAUGAAAACAGUUUCUAUGUAAACAAGCAAUAAUUUAAGUUGAAUACUUUAGUGUUUUAAUUGUAUAAUUUUGUGAGGUAUACAUGUUGUGGAGUUGAUUUCCAAAUGAGGUACUUCAGUAUUAAAUUAGAUAUCUUCAUAGCUGUGUGUGUCUCCUGGGAAAAAUGUUUUGUAAAGGAUCACAAUGCCUUGAUUAGACCUAAUUUGUAGGCUUUGAGACUCUUCGUUUUCUAAAUCUUUCAAUUCUGCUCAUAAGUCAUUUAUCUAACCUUAUAUUAUAUGCAGCCACUGUAGGAGCCAAUUCUUGACUUUUUUGUAUGUUUAUAUUCUUUCUUAAUAAUCUUAGAGAAACUGUUGUUCAGCAGGCCACUGAUUAAGGUGGUUUUACUCUUUCCUGCUGUGGUUUGAGUAAUAUUUUAGUAUAAACUGGCAUCAGUUUCUGAGGACUUGAUAUAUAUCAGGAAACUGAUUGUUUUCAACCUCCUGUUUCUCUCUUCUCCACAAGCCACACACUUUCGUACCUGAACUCAAAUUUUGGAUGUUAUUUAAAAUGCAAUGCAUUUUAUAUUAUCUCAGUCAUUACUCAUGUCUGUGGGAGUGGAAUGUCUAUUCCCUUGAAAACAUUUUCUGCUUGUGAUGAGGGUUGAAAUAUACAAAGAAUCUGAUUUUCAUAGAGUGCUGGAAAGAAUAUGUUAAGGAGUGUAUAGAAUGCAUUUCAAACCAUUUGUUUCCUGUUGAGUGGGUCUCCAUUUAUAUUAGGAGAAACUGCACUUCUCAGCAGUCACCACUUUUGUAGGUUAAACACAAAAGUCGCUGUUCAGAUAACUGAGCCGUCUGGUAGAAAGCAAAAGUAGAUGUCAGCCCUGAGCUCCGUUAUAUUAAUUUUUAAAAAAAAUCUAAUUAUGUAAACAUUAACCUAAAUUUUGAAAAAAUUCUCUUACCAGAUUAAACUUUGAAAAAUAUCAAUUAAUACGUCAAUGAAUACGUCACAGAUAAAUCUAUAAAUUCAUAGUUUAAAGAAGACCCAGUUUGAAGCAAAUGUGUCAUUUAUUGAUUCCUUAAAAUAGAGUAAUCAUACCUAAGGUCUCAAAAAUUUUACUGUCUAAAUGGAUUGGCUAAAGACUGUGUGGGUUUAGGUAUUCUCUGAGAAUGGUGAUCAUACUAGAGGCAAAGGAUGAUGCCAAAUCAAUUUCUUUUUUAUAAGCAGUAUUUUUUAUCCAGUAUAUAGUAAAGUUCCUAGAGACAGAACGAUGUUGUAUGUCAAACAUAGUGUCUCAUACUAGGGGUGGAAGAUGUAACUGAAUUCACAUAUAUAACAGUUGGACUAAACUGGGGUAUAAAUCAAAUAAAUAAAUAAAAAUAAACAGCAUUCAGUCAAGUUUA